CUUCCCUCCUCCCCCUCUCUCUCUCUCUCUACAUUUCUAUCUCUCUCUCUAAUUCACUCACUCAUAGCCUGUUUUUGCUUUCUCUCCGUCUCCUUAGCCUCUGCUUCUGGGGGCACCUUCCCCUUCUACCUCGCUGAUAUCACCUCCCACACACCACUCUCUCUCUCUACUCUCUACUUAAGUGCAAGACUCACACGCACACGCACACGCUCUCUCCUUUUCUUCCACUUCUCCCCCCCGUACCUUAGCCGUGCCUACGUGCUCAUCGUCAUCAUCUUUAUAUGCAUAUUAUCCGUCACUUGUUGCCGGCUAAGAAAUUGAGAACAGAUAAAGAUCCCAGAAGAGAAGAAAAAUGUGCAUGAGCCCUUUAUUAUCAUCUCUGUCUUGUUGCAUUAGCACAUCAUUUUCACUACAGGCGUAAUAAGGAGAGGAGGCAUUCUUCUUUCAUUUUUUCAACUUUCAACUAGCAAGGUAAUUCUCAUUCGAAAAAAUUGAUAAGGAGGAGGAGGAGGAGGAGGAGGAAACUACUCAAAAUCUUUGUGUAAAGCUUUGCUUUGAAGGAUCGUUUCUCUUCCCCCUUUUCUCUUCUCCUUUCUUUGAUAGCGAAAGAUCAUCCUCUUCAUCCAUCAAUAAUGGUUGUAAAGGGUUAAAGAAAGAACGAAAAGUUUGACUGAAGAAAUCGAGGUCACGCACCCAGAAGCAGUACUAGUACUAUCAUAUGCAUCGUUUUCUAUAUCUUUUAAAAAAAAUCCAAGCAUGAUAUAUUCUAUGAAUUGAACUCCCUAGACAAAGAGAAUAGAAUUAAGGAAAUUCUUCAUCCCAAGAUCUCCCGCAGACGGGGUCAGAGUUUUUUUUUUUCAAGCUAAUUCUUCCCAUUUAUAUCUUUAUGAUAUCUCCUUUUCAUCGAAUAUAUAUAUGUUUCAUUUCAUCUACCUAGCUAGAUAGCUGCUUUUUAUAUAAUAUAUUGUUUUACUAUAUAUAUAUAUAUAUAUAUAAUUUAUUAUGCGUUCAUCCCAAAGUCUUUCCACACACCUCUCUCAACCUUAAAAAGUAUCUAGAGAAAAUGAAGAAGCAAGCAAUCAGAAGCUAGAAAUCCUAGAAUAUGAUAGCUAGCAUUUGUAUGAAAUUCAAGCGAGAUCUACUCGAUCCCCAAAUCUUUCCAUCGAAAACAGUGAGACCCGAAACGUUUGCCACACGAGAUCCAAUCCACAAAAACUCAACUACUAAAAUCAACCUCCCCUAGCUCUCUCUUCCUUUUUUUCCUUCCAUCAGCCCCCUUCGGCCUCCUCAAACCCUACAACCAGCUCCCCUUAAACAUCACCUUUUCUUUUCUUUCUGUGCAGUUCCAUUUGCUGAUGCAACUACAUAGGUUUUUUUAUAGACAUAAACAUUCAUAAAUAGAUACAGAGAGAUAGGGGACAUAGAGUAUAUUAUUUGGUAGCCGUAAUUUUCUAAACUAGAAGAUUCCAUCAGUUGCUUAAUUUAUGCAGAUAGACAUAUUUUGACCAUGUAUGUAACUAUUGUAUUACAUACUGGCCUUUUUGAGCUAGAUCUUUGAAUCUCCGGCCAAAAGCAGUAGGAUUGUUUUGAUUCCUCAAUCAGAAGAGUAAACCAGUAAUUACAGGGCACAGAUCCUGAAAAGGGUAAUCUUUCCAUUUUCAAGAGUCCUAUAUGCAGCAACUUUGUUCCAACGUAUUUAUUUGAAGCUGUCAACUUACCAUUUUUUGUGUUCUUCUUCCGUUUCUUUCUUUCCUUAGUUAAAUUCUUUCUUUACAUUUUUUAGAUCCCAUCGUCUAAAUAAGUACACCCCAAACCCUAAAAGUAGGAUUCGCAGCCGCACCGCUACUUGUAUCUUCAAGAUUUUAUUAAUGUGUAUUCCAUCAUCUAACAAUUCAUUUCUUCUUCUUCUUUUUUGUCAACCUUAAUUGGGUCGUUUUUUGUGCUUCACCUAGCUAGCUAGAUACCAGGCAUAUUACACACUCUUCCCUGAACGGUUGCUUUUAUGUCAAAUUAAGAACAAAAGUCCUCAAAUUUCUCAAGUUGGCGUUUACUGAUUAUUGCUCCCUCAAGCCGUACGUACGUUAUGAGGAGAAGGUGGAAGAUGGCUUCGUCGUCGAAUUCUCCGUGUGCUGCCUGUAAGUUUCUGCGCCGUAAAUGUCAACCUGAAUGUGUCUUUGCUCCCUACUUCCCACCUGACCAGCCACAAAAAUUCUCUAAUGUCCAUAAAGUUUUUGGGGCAAGCAAUGUCACAAAACUUCUCAACGAAUUGCACCCUUCUCAGCGUGAAGAUGCUGUCAAUUCUUUGGCCUAUGAGGCUGAAAUGCGCCUCCGUGACCCAGUUUAUGGCUGCGUUGGAGUCAUUUCACUCCUUCAGCACCAACUUCGCCAACUGCAGAUAGAUCUUAGCUGUGCAAAAUCAGAACUCUCUAAAUAUCAGAACUUGGGCAUCACUGGCCAAGCUGGAUCACUAAUUGCGGCCGCAGCUGCAGCGACAGCCACGGCAACAACACAUCACCACCACCAUCCGCAAAACCUUGGGAUCAAUUUGAUUGGAGCUGGAGGUGGAAGUAGGGAUCACCACUACCACCACCAGUUUUUUCCAAAGGAUCAGCAACAGAUGAUGAGAAGCUUCGAUGCUGGGAAUAACUAUGAUGCAAGCCUUCUUGCAAUGAAUGUAUCUGCAAGCAUUGGACAACUUAGUCAUUUCCAGCAACCUAGAGCGGCUGCUGGGGAUGACCCCUCUUAG